CCACUGCCCACGUGUGGAGGAGAGGGCGGAUAGGGGAGCGAGCGAGAGAAGAGAGAGAGGGGAGAGAGAUCGGAGCGAAACGUCGAGGAGUAAGAAGAAGGGAGAGAGGCCACUCGCGGCGUGAGAACACUGCGAGGUGGUGUCGGAGGAGCGGGGGGGGCCAUGACGCGCUGGGCGCGCGCUAACAACGCGCACAGGAAGCGGCCGGGAGACGCCACUCCAUGGGAGGUGCAGCAGCAGGAACAGAACCAGGAGACGCAGAAAAAGGCAAAGAAGGCAAAGUACGAGGACCCGGACGUGAACGGGUUCCUGGCGGCGCAGCGCGCGGCAAGGGCGGGGGGAGCGGGCGACGGCGCCGGGGUGGACGCCGCCACCGCGGGGAAGAGGGAGCGGCGGCGCGAGGAGCGGAGACUGCGGAGGCAGCACAAGAAGCUGGGGAACAUGGUGUGUUUCCAGUGCAGGGAGCCAGGCCACGGCGUGGCCGACUGCCCACGCGACCCCGAGUCCGGUGCCGGCAUUUGCUUCCGCUGCGGCUCCACGGAGCACGAGCUGGGGGCCUGCAGGGCUCGGAUAGACGCCCUCGCCGGGGAGCUGCCCUUCGCCAAGUGUUUCAUCUGCGGAGAGAUGGGUCACCUCUCUCGCUCGUGCCCGGACAACCCCAGGGGCCUCUACGCAACCGGCGGUGGCUGCCGGGAGUGCGGUUCUGUGGAGCACUUCCACAAGGACUGCCCCGAGGCGAAGCGCGGUGGCGCCGUGUCGGCGCUGACGCUCACCGUGUGGGAGGGGGGCGGCAGCGCCGACGCCGACCCGGCCCUGGAGGCCGAAGCCGCGGCCGCCAAAGCCCCUCGGGCCGUCCGGGCCCCCCGUGUCGUCACCUUCUAGCGAGCCGUCGGCCGGCGCGGACAACGACGCAGAGGACGACGCAGCAGACGACGACGCACGCCACUCGAAAGCUUCCAGAAAAUACAUUUAAUAAAUAAACAGGAGGUUACAAAGAGAGGAGGCGGCGGGGGGGGCGGCGGCAACGUUAGGUUUGCGAGCGAGUGGGGGGCACCAUGGGUUUGGCAGAGCCCCCCCUCCCCGCAGGCCGUGCGCGCUGGGGGGGUGAUGCGGCUAAUUUACACGCGCGCGCCGCGGUCCAUUAAUAGCGAGCGGGAGCAGGGGGGCACUUGCUGCCCCCCUCGUCACCCCUGAAUCUGCGGCCGUCUCACCACAGGGGUUCCCAAACGUGCCCCACUCAAGACCCCCCCCCCGCCCGCCACCCACCGAGUAGCUAGAGUUCCAUGCCCAGUGAGGCGCCGUGGGUGAUCGGCACCGUGGGUGAUCGGCGGUGGUGCCUGCUGGUGACAUGUGGAGGAUGCACGCGCGCCAACUCCCCAACCCUUGUCCAAUAACAGGGAACCCCCCCCUCCCCAUUGUGAACAUCACCCGAGCAACACGUGUGUCAGAGGAAGCCGCCCUGUUUGUAAAGGUUGUUAGGGUGGGUGCGCAGUUGGGAAGGAACAGAUGCAGAGACAUGGAAAAACCCCCGUGUAGCCUCAACAGAAUGUUGGAGGAAGCGCCGUUAGCCGGCACCGAUGAAGGCUGGCACGCUACUCUAGGGGAUGGGUGGCCAGCUCCAUGCCCGACCGCCUUUGUCUCCCCAGUAGUGAUGAUUUUUACACACCGCACCAGGCGUUCAUUUGAGGCUGAGUCGACCUAGGGGAGGACCAGAACUGGUUCAGAUAACGGUCACGGGUGUUGGCAGUGAGUAGGAACCGAACCAUGGGUGGCCACACAUAUACAAAAGACAAAGAUCCCCCGUAUAGUCUGAACGGACUGUUGGGGCAAGUGCUCUUAGCGUGGUGUUGGGUGGCCAACACCACGCACGGCCGCCUUUGUCUCCCCAGUGGCGAUGCUUUUUACGCACCGCACCAGGUACUCAUUUGAGGCCGAGUCGAUCUAGGUGAGGCCCAGGUCCGGAUCAGAUAAUCGUCGCUGAUGUUGGCCGCGAGUGGGAAUCGAAUUCGGGUGGUCAAGUUUGUCGCGCAGCGCGCUAACCGCUGUACCACCGCUCCCCACAGAUAUACACGCUCAUGCAGUUGGACAAAUGCCUGCCCUGGUUGCUGGUAGCCCCACUUGGCUUCCUUGCUCUGCAGGAGAUCGGCGGAAGGGAGGGAUCAUGAAUUCUCUCUCGCCUGCAAAGCAUCCCCCACCAUUCUCGACAGCCGUGUUGCUUUAGUUGCGUGGAGAUGCAGCGGAGUUCGAGAGUUUGAGCACGUGGUGCAGGAGAGGUUGAAAAGCACUGCGGUUAACACACCAAACCACGCCACACCAACCAUACCAGCAGCAGCAGCAGCAGCACAACAACCAUGGGCAGGGAGUAAUCUCGUUCACUCUUGUCAGUAACCAGAGAUGUAUUGUCAUUAAUUUAAAAAUAAAAAAAUAUGUACUUUCACUGUUCCCGCGACCCUCUGCCCGUGAUAAUCUCUCGCGACCCCCACGGUUUGGGAACCGCUGCAACACUGUUAGAGGCCUUC